CAGUUUGUUUCAUGGCUUUUACUGCAAUUCAGAGCAAAUUUGCUUCUUCUCAGUCGUCGUGCAACAGCAUCUUCCUGACAGCUGCUGUGUUCUUGUUUAGAUUUUCUGUGAAAGCAGAGAAGUGUGUGAAGACGGCAUCAGAGCAUCCUCAGUGUGAGUUCAGCUCAGUUACUUCACAGCUCUGCUUUGAUUGGACGGUUCGUUUGAACGGAGCUCUGCAGCACAACCAGCGGUCGAUGUUCAGCAGCAGCGGUUCACUCUGCUGUUCACCUGCUGGAGGAUCAGACCACACAACUCAGAGGCUCCUGAGCAACAUGAUGGACGGAUGAAAUGCUGCAAGUCUCCCAGCAGGAUUAUGGAUCUAAUCUAAGCUUCUUCUUCAUCAUCUCUGUCUUCAGUCCCUCUGAGUUCUCCAUCAGACAUGGUUCUACCAGAAAAACCCUCCAGAACUUCUGCUCCUAAGAAGGUCCAGGAGCAGCGGGCCCUGCGGCACCAGAACCUUCCCUCCCCGGCCCUCUGCUGCGCCUGCGGACUCUGCAUCAUGCUGGCCGGCAUCAACAUCACCCUGGUAGGAGCUUUCGCCUUCAGCACCUUCAUCCCCACCGCCAACCCCCCCAUCAUCAUCGGGCCUCUGCUCCUGCUGCUGGCGCUGGCUUUCUUCUCGGCCUGCUGCGUGGUCAGCAGGAGGCCUCCGGCCCACAUGGCCAGCCGGGCCAAAGGAGGCGAGAAGUGGGGGCUGAUGAGGAUGGGGACGGCGGCUUUCGAGAUGGAGACGAGCGAACACACCCUGCAGGACACGACGGCCGUCCAGCUCAGCCCCACCAACUCCCCCAGCUCCUCCCACAAGUCCAGCUCCAGCCAUGGAGACGCUUCUGCCGCUCUGCCUUCCUGCCAGGAUGGAGCCGGAGAGCUGCUCAUAGCAGAGACGUCUGACGUGAGAGUCGCUGCAGAUAAAGCGACCCUGACCUCUGACACCAAGAAACCCACUUCCACACAGAACUCCUCUGCUACGUAACAUGGACCGUCUACUGCCUGUCUGAGCAUCUGAUCACAGCCGCUCUGUUCUUGUUUCAGAUUAUUGUCUGUUACAGCAUCACCUGUCGGGAUGGAGCUGCAGGGGUGAGCUGAUUAGUCAAUAACUACACCUGCUUUUGUCAUUUUAAGCAAAAAUAUCAAAUGUUUGUCAGUUCUGACUGCAGAGUUUUGUUGCUGUUUUUGUCAAACAUGAUGCUCAGCUGAUUAAUACAUUGGCCUGUGAAAUUAAUCAAAAUUCUUUCCCUUUUUUUCUUACAUUUUACAGAUAAAAUUAUGAAUGAAUUAAUAGAAAUUUCACAGAGCUGCAGGUUUGAUGCUUUUUUUAUAUCACACAUGACCCAUCCAUCCAUCCAGUAUCUAUACACCGCUUAAUCCUCACUAGGGUCAUGGGGGGGGCUGGAGUCUAUCCCAGCUGACUCAGGUGAAGGCAGGGGACACCCUAGACAGGUCACCAGUCUGUCACAGGGCUACAUACAGAGACAAACAAUCACUCUCACAUUCACACCUACGGGCAAUUUAGAAUGAUCAAUUAACCUCAGCAUAUUUUUGGACUGUGGGAGGAAGCCGGAGUACCCGGAGAAAACCCACACAUGCACAGGGAGAACAUGCAAACUCCAUGCAGAAAGAUCCCGGGAAAGCCGGGACGUGAACCAGGGAUCUUCUAGCUGCAAGGUGAAAGUGCUAACCACUACACCACUGUGCAGCUCCUCACACAUGACCAUCAACUGAUUUUUUUUUUUUUUAUAAAACAAGACCUGUGAAUUUCUAAUCUACAUUUCUCACUAUUUCCUGCCAUUUUGCAGACAAACUGAUGAAUAAUUUAAUAGAAAUCUCACAAAGCUGCAGAUCUGAUGCUUUUUCUUGUCACACAUGACCAUAAAGUUUUUUUUUUUUUUUUGACAAAACAAGACCUACUGUGAAAUUAUAACUAUAAUUUCUCACUAUUUUCUGCUAUUUUGCAGAUAAAGUGAUGAAUCGAAAAUCUUAGAGCUGCAGAUAUAUUUUUUGUCACAGACAACCAUAAAGUGAAUAUUUCUGGCAUUUUUUUUAAAGCAAGACUUUCACUGUGUAAUUAAAUCGGCACGUUUUGCUAUUUUCCAACAUUUUUUUCUGGGAAAUAUGAAGGAGUUUGCAGAUUUUAUAAUUUUUUUUGUCACACAUGACCAUGAGGUGAAUAUUUUGGUGUUUUAACAAAUCACAACUUACUGUGAAAUUCUAACUGACAUUUUUCACCAUUUUCUGCCAUUUUGCAAACAAAAUGAUGAAUCAGUUCACUGAAAUUUCACAGAGCUGCAGAUUUGUUGCUUUUUUUGGUCACAUAUGACCAAAAAGUGAAUAUAUUUUGGCCUUUUUUUUGUAACAAAACAAGACUUACAUUGAAAUGAUAUCAGCAUGUUUUGCUAUUUUCCAACAUUUUUCAGGCAGAAGUUCUGAACUGAUUAAUAUAAACCUUGCAGUGCUUCAGAUUUCCUGCUUUUUUAAAAAAUUUACUGUUAGAUAUGAUCGUAAAGUGAAUAUUUUGGGAUUUUAUUUUGGCAAAACAAGACCGACUGUUACUAUUUUUUGCUACUUUUCAGACAAAAUGGUUUACAGGCGCAGUGCUUGGUUCCCUGUGGAUGUAUUGUGUGAUUUACAGGACUGAUUGGUAUUUUUUAAAUAUGAGACUAGAGGUAAAAGAUGCUGAUAAAGAGCCAGCCUGCAGACUAAAAUGUAUUGUGCAGAACCUUCAGUGUGAAAUUAUUAAGAUAAGAUAAGAUAAGAUAAAGUUCUUUAUUUCUCCCCACUCCAGGGGAAAUUUACAUUGUUACAGCAGCUUUAUUUACAAUAUAUACAAUAUAUAUUACGUGUUCAUUUCUCUGUUCCAGGAAUUCCUUGCCAAGGAACAGAAACAGGGAAAGGAGAUGAUACCUUAAUCCAAGUGCCUGUUUGUGUAGUUCUUGUUGUAUAAAAAUAUCCAGUUAAGGCAGAUUAUCCUGUAUUCCUGUCCUAUGGAUUGACUGUGGUCAGUGUUUGUCACCCUAAACAUGGGGGAAGCAGGAUGAGUGUGUCCAGCUGAGCUUCUCUGAGUCCUAAAAGCUGUUCCUGUGUGAGCUGCUAAGUCUCAGCCACAGUUUUCUCACAACUAUUAUUAUUUUUCCUGCUUGCGUCAGCUGCCGUGAAUACUGGUGUAACCUUGAGAUGUGUUAACAUAACAUACUAGUGCUCCUCUGCCUGUGUUGUAGCGCCAUGAUUGUAAGAGUAACCACAGAUGUUGCAUUUUUCUAAAUAAAGGUGAAACUCUA